CGCACCCCAACUGGGCACACUCGUUCGCAUAUCCGAUGGUGGAGCAAAUCCCAACUUAGGAUAAGAGAAACCCAAUUACAAAAUGAUCUGUCGCCUGUGUCUGAACGCGCUGGACGAGCAGGACGCAGUGCUGCUAUUCGGCGGUGCCACCGAGGCGGCAGCAGAGGACGAGGGCGACGGUGCCAGCGGCCAGGCAAUGCCGGAAAGCGACCUGGUCCAACUGAUCUCGAUUCAUCUGUACCUCUGCCUAUCCCGCGACGACGCCAUCUCCACCUGCAUCUGCACGGAGUGCUGCUCCCAGCUGGAGAGCUUCCACAACUUUUGGAAGCUGGUGGAGCUGAAGCAGACGACUCUGUGUAGCCAGUUCCUGGAAAUCGACUGUGACGUCAACUGGUCGGAGGAGCCGGACGAGGAACUGGUCCAAUUGGAGCCCGAAUUUCCUGUGGAAUUCUGUAUAAAAACAGAACCCAAAGCAGUGGCCACCACCGUUGCUACGGCAGUCAAUAAGUUUCCUUGUAUGUUCUGCGAGAAGUCGUUCAAGAUGCGUCGCUACCUGGAGGAGCACAUUGCCACACACACCGGUGAUCGACCAAUCCCCUGUCCUUACUGCGAGAUGGCCUUUCGCUGCCGCUCCAACAUGUACACCCACGUCAAGAGCAAGCACACGGCCCAGUGGCUGAAAGCUCGAGAGGAACGGGAUGCGGCCAAAUCGCAGAAUCACGCCAUUCACGAGGUGAAAACUGAGGUGGUGGAGGAGGUUUCAGUUCUUGCUCCGCUUACAACUCCUGCCAUCACCGGUAUUCCCGCAACAGCUUCGGCUACAUCUCCGCCAUCCAUGCAGCAGCUCCCGCUGUCUGUGAUCAAGACAGAGCCCGGAGACUCCAUCAACUUGACCAUGGCCAAGACCCCACCCACAGCCAGUCGUGCAUCGCGGACUCGUUCCAGCCGCCGCAAGACCCAUUCGCCCAAGAAGGCUCAGCCCACAGAGUCCAGUGACGGCAGCGGCGAUGAGGAAUCACCCCAGAAGCGUCUCAAAGAGAACGAACUCAUUUUGGCCAACUACAAUGCUGUGGCUGCGGCUGUGGUGGCUGCCGCCUCAAUAUCUGGCACAGGAGGAGCCAGUAGCGGAGGAGGUGGCAAUAGUGGAACCACCAGCCAGACAGACACCCUGCAGCAGCGUUUGUGUGCAAGUCUCCUUCAGCAGCAGCAACUCCAGCAGCACAUAAAUCUCCUGUCCGCUAUGACAGCAUCCACAGCAGCCGGAGGGUCAAGUAGCACCUGCACCACCACCACCACCACCACCAGCAAUCCCUACGGAUCACCACCUGGCCAAGCUGAAAAGCGAACGCCGGACAAACGGCGAUCCGCACCGACAGCACCACCCAUCCAGACGGCCAUCAAACCCGAGGCGCCCAUCUCCCUCAUUUGUCCCAACUGCGGGGAACUGCCCGGGCUGAAUCACCGCUGCCUAAGCAAACCCAAGUACGCCUGCGAUGUGUGCGGCAAGAGCUUCAAGAUGAAGCGCUACCUAGAGGAACACUUUGCCACCCACACUGGCGUUAAACUGCAUACCUGCGCCUUCUGCCCCACAGAAUUUCGGUCCAAGUCGAACAUGUACCAUCAUACGAAGCGUAAGCACAAAGCCGAAUGGGAACGCUCCAGGGCUAGCCGAUCGGCGGCGAAGGAGCAAAGGCUCCAGGAGCAAAUCCAGAUGAAAAUACAGUUACCCAGUGCAGUUACCCAGGCCCAGUCCGGACCGGCUGCUGUCUAAACUUUUAUAUACAUUUAUAUAUGAAUAUAUUUUUUGCAUGUUAGACAUACAUAACACAAAAUAACGAGAAUACCGACAUGUACUUAACCGAAGUUUCGUAUAACUCCAGUCGCGAUUUGCGGAUAUCGCCUAUCGCCCAUCGCCUGGCACCUAUUGUGUAUACUCUUCUCAUUCUCUAUAAUGCCUUGGCCAGUUUUGAUUAGAUCUGGUUAUAAAGUAAACAUUAAUUUCAACAAAAA